AUGGCGGCCUCCAGGAGCUGGAAGAGGGGGGCCUUGUCCACCGCCGUCUUCACCGACCUGGAGAUCCUGGCCGCCUUGUUUGCAGCCGCCAUUCACGACGUGGACCACCCGGGGGUCUCCAACCAGUUCUUGAUCAACACCAAUUCGGAGCUGGCGCUGAUGUACAACGACGAGUCCGUGCUGGAGAACCACCACCUAGCCGUGGGCUUCAAGCUGCUUCAGGAGGAGAACUGCGACAUCUUCCAGAACCUCCCCAAGCGGCAGCGGCAGACCCUGCGCAAGAUGGUCAUCGACAUGGUCCUGGCGACCGACAUGUCCAAACACAUGAGCCUCUUGGCGGAUCUCAAGACGAUGGUGGAGACCAAGAAAGUGACCAGCUCCGGGGUCCUGCUGCUGUGGCCGGGGGUCCUGCGCAACAUGGUCCACUGUGCCGACUUGAGCAACCCCACCAAGCCGCUGGAGCUGUACCGGCAGUGGACGGACCGGAUCAUGGAGGAGUUCUUCCGGCAGGGGGACAAGGAACGGGAGCGGGGCAUGGAGAUCAGCCCCAUGUGCGACAAGCACACCGCCUCCGUGGAGAAGUCGCAGGUGGGAUUCAUCGACUACAUCGUGCACCCGCUGUGGGAGACGUGGGCGGACCUGGUCCACCCGGACGCACAAGACAUUUUGGACACCCUCGAGGACAACCGGGACUGGUACCACAGCAUGAUCCCCCAGAGCCCUUCCCCGCCUCCGGACGAUGCGGAGAAGGACGACGAGGCCUGCCUGGAGAAAUUCCAGUUCGAACUGACCCUGGAGGAGGACGGGGAGGACUCGGAGGGGGACCGCAGCAGCCCCGGUGUGUCCGGCGGGAACCUCGCAAGCAUUAACCAUUCGCACACAUGUACGUACACAGGGGCGCACUCAACUCUUCACCUGUCGUCUGGCACAGGGAUAUUUGUUUGUACGAACCAAGGCCUCUUCUUGAUUUCCGCGCGGUGCAACGUCGUGCGGCUGGAACACAUCGAUUUUGUUCGCUGGCGGGUGGGAGAAGUCCCACGGUACGUCAUAAGAACCCCGGUCGGCCAGGUCUUGGGGAUCGUCCAGCUGACCGGAGGACAGAUGCAGCUCUCGCACCCGGAGGCUAAACACGGAACCAGCUCAGCCAGGUCCACCCAAACGAGUCGGCGGAUCUUCACCACGCACCCCACGGACACGCGAGAGGCCCUCUUCCCUUCCCAGCUGCGGGUCCCGCGUCCAAGAGUUAUCUGUGGAGAGCCAUGA